CCCUCCCGCCGCGCUCGCGGCCUCCCUCCUCCCUCCUGCGCUCCAGCUCGGGCGGCGCGCGGGCGGCGUCCGCAUUGCACACUCUGGGGGCGCCGCAGUGCUCGUGGGAUGGGGCAGCGGGCUGCCGUUGGCGGCCGGGAUCCGCGCGCAGCCCGGAAUGUAGCAAGUAAUCCAAUGGAAUAAAACCAGCAGUUGAGUAACUCAUGCAAAGGUGCAAGUCCUCCCCCAUCGCCUCAAGACCCCACUCUGGGGCCCCCUGUAUGAGUGACACGCUGGUCUGCCAUGGAACCUGGCCCUGCUCUGGCUUGGCUCCUGCUCCUGAGCCUGCUGGCUGACUGUCUCAAAGCCGCUCAGUCCCGGGACUUCACAGUGAAAGACAUCAUCUACCUCCACCCGUCAACCACGCCAUAUCCUGGUGGAUUUAAAUGCUUUACCUGUGAAGAGGCAGCAGACAAUUACGAAUGCAACCGAUGGGCUCCCGAUGUCUACUGUCCUCAAGAGACCAGAUAUUGCUAUACUCAGCACACGAUGGCAGUCACAGGAAACAGCAUCUCCGUCACCAAACGCUGUGUCCCGCUGGAAGAGUGCUUAUCCACUGGUUGUAGAGACUCAGAGCAUGAAGGCCACAAGAUCUGUACCUCCUGCUGUGAAGGAAAUAUCUGUAACUUGCCACUCCCUCGAAAUGAAACUGAUGCGACGUUUGCUACAACAUCACCUAUAAAUCAGACAAACGGGCACCCUCACUGCAUGUCAGUGAUUGUGUCUUGCUUGUGGGUGUGGUUAGGACUCACCUUAUAGCAGCUCCAUGCACCAUGCAUUGUAGCCAUCCAUGGGAAUCACCAUGGUCAUAGUCAUGCAUGAGCCAUUGGCCUGGCAGUAGAUACACAGGUGAGACUGUAGCACUCCUGGAUGUCAACAUGCCAGGUAUCUCAUUACCAUGAGGAACAAGCAUUGCUUCAGUGUUGCGGUCAUUUCCAGUCUAACCAAGACCCUGUCAAAGUCAGCCUGUCCCCAAUAUGGACCCUGAGUUCUGUUCCACAAACCUGUGUUUUCACUCCAAAAAAGAGUUCUGCAUUUAUUGAGGGCUGUGGUUCUUGAUUUGGAAUCUAUGCAUGAGCUGUAGGAGGUCCUGGAUCCUGUGAGAUGUGAGGAAUAUGUUAUAUGGACGCGUCUAGAUGUUUUUCAGGAAAAGGGUAAAGAAUCACUGGCUUAAUUACAGUCGUGAAGUCACUCAUAGCUUUAGAAUUUUCAAACUGCAUCCUAAUGAAUGGAAUAUUGAGAUUCUAACUGAAUCUCUGGAAGAGCAAGCAAUUUGCUCAAUUUAAUUUCCCUAGCUGUCUUACCUCAGUGCUGGGAAACACGUUACUCCUGCUCUUUAUAGAAGAUAAAAAAGGCAAUCAUAAAUGUUGGAUGUAUUUGUAGGUGUGACAAUAGAAAGAUUUCCUCCAAUUUAAUGGAAUUAGAAUCCCUAAAGUGGCUGUUUAUCCUCUCUUAAAACUGGGGAGAUUGGCCUUAACUUGGGACUUAAUUAUGCUCCAUGAAGUCCUGGAUUCCUGUUAUCUAAAAAUUCCCCAAACAGGAUGGGACUAUGUUCUCUAUGUGUUAGGUUCUAUUCAGAUAUAAUUAAUCCAGUCAGAGAGGAAUUGGGAAUAAAAGGAAGGUAUGUGGAGGUUAGUCCUAGUUUAUUUUGGAGGCCCAGAAAUGGUUCAGCAAUGUUUUUAUCUGUAGUACUUAUCAUCAAACAGUGUUCUCCUUCCAAAACCCCAGAGAUGUUAGGGAGAAAGUUCUGGAUUAAAUUGUCUCUAGAUCAAUAGGGAAAGAAGACAUCUUUCCUAAGAUGAGAAGAAAAAUGACUUGAAAGACUAAUAAGAAGGUCCAAUGGAUAGAUGUUGUUUCUUUUAGAUACUGCUUUUGAAGUAGAAGAUAACUCCAUCAUCCUUCCUAUAUUUUUAACACUCAGAGUUGCAUUGUUUUCUUCUUCCUUGUAAAUUCUUUAAACGAUAUUUAUUUUUGUAUGACACAGUAUAUUCCAAAAACAUCUUUUUUUUUUCCUGAACAAAAUGUCAAAUUAGAAUGCUUAUUUUCAACAGUGGUAGAGCUUGUAAUGUAUGUUUGUGGAACACUACCUGUAGUACUUGCACCAAUGUUGAAAAAGUUAAUGUGUUGUGAACAAGAGUUAUGUGCUUGCCUCAAGGCUUUUGCCUGUGGCUCUCUCAGAGUUGCCCUGGAAGUUAUUCAGGUGGAGACCAUGACUGGUCUGGACUUCUGUGCAGGGUUGUGGGGUAUGUUUACAUGGAACUUGGAAGAGCUAUGCCCUCAUAGAGGAUGGUAUUGUUCAGAUAAUCUGCCCUGCAGAGAAAACUCUCUGACUCAUAACAUAAGACACCCUCGCCUCAGGGACCAAAUAUGAACUGACAGCUGUAACUGUGAUAUAAAAUAAUUUAAAUUGAAUCAUAUAGCCUUAAUUCAGAGUUUGGUAGGCUUAUCCAUUUAUUGCUUAUAAUUGGGAAUGGGAGAGUAGAAGGAGAGAAAGCAAGACAUAGUAAGUACCUCUUAUGUGCCAGGCACUAUGCUAAGCACUUUACAUAGCUAGAUUGAUCAUAUGAUCCCUGCAAGAACCCUGUAAGGAACAGUACAAGUAUUUAUGUUUUACAAAUGAGGGGACUGAGGCUCAAAGAGGUUUGAUCAUGUGAAGCCUCUUCCUUCAGAUUUUGGUUUUGUGGGAUGUGACAUGAUUGAAAAACAGGGGAAGGUAGAAUUGCUCUUCUAGGAGAACCUCCAGGCCUGGCUUCAUGGGAACCUCCCCAUCUUCUCAUAUAGAACUUAUCUUAUCCUGCUUCUGCAGGAAGACAUUUGCAUGUGUCCCCAGUUGAUGGUUUUUCUUUGGGGAGUAAAGUUAUAGCUCUCUUAUUUAUCCCUCUUGUGAAAAGAGGAGACGGUUAACUUUGCAUCUAAAGAUGCUGUAAGACAAUGGAAAUUUGAUGUUGUACAUAUCUACAAGUAUCAUUUUUUUGUGCAUGGUCACAUUUCACUGACAUUUUCCAAGUAAUGCAUGCAAUUUAAAGGAGAUAAGAAACUGACCACAUCAGAGCCUCCCUGGCUGGUAUACAGGGAUCGGGUUCUCAAGGGUGCAGAUUCUCCCGGCACCUGGGAAGUAAUUGCAGACACUGCACAGAUGUGCUGCAUGCAUCCCUAAUGCCUUUCAAAGUGGCUUGUUUAAUUCUCUGGAAAGAAUGUGAUUCGCUCACCACCCCUAGCCUCAAGAAACCAAGGAAGGGCCAUUCAUGUGGAAGGUCCAGGGCUAGUUAGCCAUCUGACUUUUCUGUCACAUUAAAAUUUCCAUUAAACCUCACCAUUGGUGAUGGCUUGAAGUACAAAGAGCCAUGAUGUAUAUAUUAACCUAUGUGCCACAUAUUUAUUUUUAAACUCCCUUCCACAUUCAUGUCAAUAUGGAAUUAAUGCCUAAAUGUUGUAAAUACUGUAUACUUUGUAAAUCAAUGA